ACAUGUGAGAAUAAGGAAAGUCACAGAAGGGAAGCAGUUUUGUGGAGCUGAUUGGGCCUCCAUCUCGAGGAGAAGAAACUCUGUGCUCCUCUGGACCAGUAAAAAGUCAGACUUCCUCUCUGGACUUUUUCGUUGUCGAGUGGUUGUCUUACACUGCAGUCAUGGUGUCCUGUGCUCUUCUCAUUCUGGGUCCUCUGUGGAUCCACAGUCUGCUUCAAGCCUGCAGAGGAGAGGAGCUGUCUGGGGAGGCAGUGUUGUCGUGGUUCAGAGAGCGGGUCCUGGGGGGCCUCGGGCUGGAAGAGCCCCCUGCGGCUGCAGUGCAGGGUCCUGAUGUGGAUGUGGCACCACCAGAAGCACGGCACAUGCAUCGUAGGGCCCCCAGGACUAGCAGGACAACAUGGGUCAACCAUCAAACCCGUCCAAACCAGGAAAUGUCUCAAAUUAUUAUCUUUCCCAGUUCUGACUCAUCUUGUGCCAAAUCUGACUCAGUUCCUGGUGAAACCCCCGAAAGCCACUUCACAUAUUACUUCCAGCCGUCCAUGAACCACCAGGAGACCAUGGUCACAUCUGCCCACCUCUGGUUCUAUGCAGGUGAAGGAGCCACAGCAAACAUUUCCGCCAAGCUGUUCAUUGUCACUUCAGCACAGCAGCUUCUUCAGGCAGCAGAGACUCCAUCAAAGAUGAGCUCAGACGGAUGGACCACCUUCCACCUGGAUCAGAGCCAGCUGGUCUCUGUGGCUGAAGGCCCUUUUCUACUCCAGGUCCGCUGUCUGACCUGUCAGUGCUACGCCAAUGAACCAGACAAGAUGCCCUUUCUUCACCUCCACGCUCAGCCUCGUGGUCCAGUCCGUUCACCCCGUCACGCGCCGGUUACCAUCCCCUGGUCUCCAUCUGCUAUUGACCUGCUACAGCGGACCUCUCAGGAGAGACCACAGCACAGUGACUGCCACCGAGAAGCGAUCGAAAUCAGCUUUGAGGAGCUGGGCUGGGACAACUGGAUUGUCCAUCCGAGAGUGCUGACCUUCUACUACUGCCAUGGGAACUGCUCGGCCGGGGAUCGAACCACCACGAUGCUGGGGAUCACUCAGUGUUGCGCUCCAGUCCCAGGGACCAUGAAGUCCCUGAGGAUCACCACAACAUCUGAUGGUGGAUACUCGUUCAAGUACGAGACAUUGCCCAACAUCAUACCUGAAGAAUGUGCUUGUAUCUGAACAUGAAAGUUUAUGUAAACAGUAUUAUACAGUACAUUAUAUACUUAUUGUCUGAAUAUACAAUUAUACUGUUUUUGCAGUCAACAUACAAAAGAAUCAAUAUCAUCAUCAAUGCCUGUCAAUCACACCACAACUUGUUUCUGCAGAUUUAGAUUUGGGUAGUUCAAUAUCUCAGCACAUAAAACCCAAACUGUUUGCAUGGCCAGAAACAAGCAGGGGCUUAGCUUUAAAAAAUAUAUGUAUUUAGUAGUUUAGGGGACUUCCCCUUUGCUUUAAAUCAGCCAAUUCUCUUAGUAAUUAUCCAUCAUUCAACUCUUGUCUUUCAUUUGUCAUGUAUAUUAACUACAAUCUAUAAGUAAAACUUAAUGUCAUGAUUGUAGUGUUUUUCCUUUGUGUUGUGAUUCUCACCUUUAGGGGGCAGUGCAGGCCCACUUUUCAACUGCAUCAUUUCACAUCAGUGCCUUCACAGUCUUCUGUUGUUAACUGAUACGCAGUAAUGUAUAUUAAAUCAUUGAUUAAAACAUGAAACUGUUGCGUUCUGUAAAUGCCACAAACUCUGGGUUAAUAUUUCA